UUUCAGGAUGAUUAUUAUCAGUAUUUAAGUGCAUGUCGUAAAAAGAACAGCAAAAUACUAUAUACAAGUAAUGGUAUGAAAUGUGAGAAAGGUAUUCAGGUUGCUUUGGGACGAUUCCGGAAUGCUAUCAAUGAGACAGGUUGGGGUAUUUUGGAAGUGGAAACAUUCAAUAACACCGAUGAAAUAACUCAAGCAUUUGCUGCUGGACUUGUUGAAGGUAUUUUAACACGAAAAUUGAUAACAUAUCAUUUUCGUAAUACGGUAGAAGAAAUGUGUGAUAGUGAGGAAGAAUACUGCAAGAAGCUUUUUGCUUAUUUAUCCAGAAAUUUGAAUUGGAUCAAGCGUACAAUAAGUGAAAAAACAGAAAUGGACAUUUACUGGAAACAGGUCGAUUUAAAAUUUG